AUGGUCAACUUCACCCGCGCCGCCGGCCUUCUGGCCCUUAUCCCUCUCAUUGCCGCCGCCCCUACUGCUGCCGAGGCCACCGAGCAGAACGUUCCCUUCUCUUUUGAGAAGUGGGCUGAGGAUAUCAUUGCCAGCCCCAACGGGCAACAUCCUUCGCCCGAGGAGGCCAUGGCUCUCGCAUUCAACCAGACUUCAAGCGAUGGUCUUGAGAAGCGCCAGCAGGAUGUCAGCUGCACAUUCAACGACAACGAUAACGCUGCCUCUGUUGCUGAUGCCGUCUGGUGUAUCGACUUCAUCGCUGCCCGCGCCAAUGUGGAGUGCAAGGCCGUCGUCAGCGCCACUGUCUUCUGCCACCGUGGCCAGGCUCAGAUCGCCGGUGUUGCUACCGGUGGCAACCCUCCCAGGGACACAUCCAGUCCCUGCGGCAAUGUUGCCCGGUCGGCAGGCCAGAUCAUGGACGCUUGCACCCGUGGCAGUCUCGUUUUCGGUCAGAACAACGCUUGGGGUAACGGGAACAUGAGAGUGCACAUCCGUCGCUAG